AUGGGCUUCUCUUUGCCGUGCAAGCUCAAAGUCAACAACAACCAGUCAAAAGAACAGAUGGGAUCCCUAGUUCUCUCCGAGAGGGGAGGGAUCCCCUUGGGGGCAUCUAUAUGCUCCCGCUGCCUUCUAAUGCUGUCGACCGGAGGUUCUCGGUUCCGCGGAGUACCAUCUUGGGGAACUCAUGGGCCGAACCAACGGGCAGCCACACGAUACCAGCAUACGAAUGCAAAGAGUCAGAAAAAUUCAGUCGGAAAGCCAGUGCAUCAAAUAUAUCCAUUGAAGGGAUAUUACUCCGAACUCCUGAACGCGCAGUCGCAGCCAUUAAAUCCUAGCCGAACGCCUCAAUCCCAAACGACCAACUCGACCUCUGCUAAAGCUGCCGAAGCAACCCAAUCAGAACCGCAAAAGGAGCAAACGCCGCAGGAGAAAUUUGGGAUAGUUUUUGGUACCCGGCUUGCUGGACCAGGUUACUCCUCAACACGCUACAAUCCAUCUGCUUCGCCCAAGUCGGCCUGGCGUACAAUCAAUGGCGUACCCAUACCGCCACGGCCAGAAGAGCCCGAUAACUGCUGUAUGAGCGGAUGUGUCCAUUGUGUCUGGGAUGACUAUCGAGAUGAUGUCGAGGCCUGGGCCCAGAGAAUAAAUGAGGCGAAGAAACGAGAUGCACCUCGCAGAGGGGGCCCAAGGAAGAAAAAGGCGGCUGGACCGCGCCCGCUACAUGAUAUGAGACAAAACCCACGGAGCGAAGUUGACAGUGCAAGUACAAGCAUGGAUGAUGAUGGUGGCGGAAGCCAAGGUAGCUGGAAUGCCGAUAUUCCUACGGAAGCAGAUGCGGAUGCAUUGUUUGCCGACAUUCCUGUUGGAAUAAGGGAGUUCAUGAAAACGGAGAAGAAACUAAAAGAAAAGCGUAAGAAAACCGAAGACAAAGCCUAG